UUUAGCUGAUAUGCCGUCAGUGAAUCUUGGUACUGAGGCAAUGUCUUUAUUGAACAAAAGAACCUCAACUGUUAAUUCCUUGAAGGAAAUGUCUGAUCGGCAAGGCUCUGUUGACCUGUCCUUUAAAGUUGAGUCCACAGAAAUUCAGGGACAUCAUCUACCACAGUUACGGCAAGUCGUAACUCGGGCUCAAUCCGAGCAGGGUUUACAGCAUAAAAAACCUCUCCAGAAUGCGGCUGGUGUCCUUGCCAGAAAACAGUCGCUGUCAAAUCAACCGCUCACUGUUCAAACUCAUCAGGCAGCAUCAGCCCCAGCAAACUCUGUAAAAGCAGCUCUGGAUAUGUCUCCCAGGCCAUCAAUGCCAUCGGAGGGCCAAUCUGAAAUGACAAGCAAGACUGGAGUAAUAUCUCUGGUGAAGACCAAACCUACAGCUAGAGAUGUUGCCUGGAAAGACUCUGUUGGUGUUCCAUUGAUAGUGGACCAGCCUCCCAAAAUACAGGUGCAAAUACAGCAGGUAGCCCCCAGCCCUGUUUUACACCAGCCAACUGCUAUAUCUGCUUCAGUGGUUCCCACAGAACAUUUAAUUCCAAAUCAAUCUAUGAGAGUAUUGCAGCCCUCUGCUCCUCAGCCUUACCAGACAGCCUCAGCUCCUCGUCAACCUUAUCAGACAGCUUCGGCUCCAGCAAACUCUAUAAAAUCUACAUUAGAUAUGUCAACUCAGAACACACUUGUGAGACAGGCUGAGGUAUUGACAGAUCUUGACCAUUCAGAUGCAAUGGCAUUGGUGAAGGCUAGGCCAUUGACCGAUACCAGAGCUCAGAAGGACUCUGUCGGUGUUCCUUUGAUUGUAGAACCACCUGCUCCCGAGAAGCAACCAACUGUUCCCAGGCAACAAAUGCCUAAAAAUAUUGGGCAAGUGCCUCCUUGUGUUCCAACCUACCAAACAACCUCAGCACCAGCAAACACCAUCAAAGGCUCCUUAGAUAUGUCCCCAAAUCCACUCCAGAGACCACCUGAAAUUACCACUGAACCCUCUUGGACUGGAGUAAUGUCACUAGUUAAAAGCAGGCCCACUGUUACCAAGAUUAAGUCUGUUGGUGUUCCUUUGAUUUUGGAACCAUCUUCUCAGCUUAAACAACAAUUGUUGCAGGAAGCCCCUACAGUCCAAGCCCGAGCAAAGCAACAGGAAAGACCAGGCAUGAAUGGAGUCCACACAAUAGAACCUCUGCGCCAGCAGAUCCCCAUGUACCACAGGAACGGGGUUCUCUCGCUUACAAGGCAGCUAAACAAAGACAACCAACCCCUCAAUACACCUAUGGACUUCUCUGCCCAAAAAAAUAAUCCCCAACCUGUGGCCGUCCGUUACACUGUAUUGGAGGAUGGGCAACCUAUGGAUUUCGCCAAUGUGAAGAAAGAAAGGGUUGAAAGAAGGCCUAUUGGAAAGAAGCCACUUCAGGGCGCUGUUGAUCUGAGUGUGGAGGUUGAAGAUAACAAACCUAUAAUCAGAACUGAUCAAGAAGUAAAGGAUCUUUCCUCUCUAAGGGGUUCUAUUUUCUCACUGUAUCAGUAUAAUAACCUGCAGCAAACCACAGCCUCUCAUAUUGAGGUCAGACCAGAUGCCUCUGUUUCUCCAGAUCAGAAACCAUUGUUUUCUAGAGAAUCCCCCAUAUCAACACAGCCCUCUGUGCAACCUAGCAUGCAGUUCAGAAGGGAAGCCAUAGUCACACCAUCACAAUUGGAUUAUUCACAGAAAAGUCCAUUGAAUGCUUCAACUCUUCAUAGUCCUUCACUUCGAAGACAAGUAGAACCUCCUCAAACCUCUGUUGCUCAGGUCAGAAGGAUGUCCAUCACACACGACAGUUCCCAACAGCAUAUUAAUGGUCCAAGUGUCAUUGAUCCUAAACAAGAAACACAUAAAGUAGUUCUGCAGGAACUACAACAACAACAACAGCAGCAGCAGCAACAUCCACAGAAUGAAACCCUAGGAGAGCUUGACAACCUGGACUCAAGUGCACCCUUUAUCCAAAAACAGGAAGCCUUAGAGGUCAGUAUUCCUGGGGAGUCUACACCCACUGAGGUAGUUCCCCCGGAGCUCCAGGAUUCUCUAUUCUGCAAGAUCAUGCUCAGCCUCCAGCUGGACCCAGAGGCCCAGCACCAACAGCACCAUCUGGAGGAAUGUUUUCUAUGUUUGGUGGACCUGCUGCUCAAUCACAACCUGGCCCAAGAGGGCCUCCACCUCAAGAAAAAGGGCUAUUUUCGAUGUUUGGAGGAUCUACUCCUCAGCAACCACCCAUGCCUAGAGGUCCCCCUGGACCCGGUCCACAAGGUCCUCACAUGGGCCCAAGAGGUCCAAUGGGUCCAAGAGGACCUAUGGCCCCAAGAGUUCAAGGUCCAAUGGGUCCAAGAGGACCUAUGGGCCCAAGAGGUCAAGGCCCUCCAGGCCCAAGAGCUCCUAUGGGUCCAAGGGGCCCUCAAGUUGGUGCUGCCCCACCAAGAGGCCCUCCAGCUGGGUCUUCUAUGUUUGGUGGCGCAGCAGAAAAGCUCCUUCUUUGGUCUGCCAACCAACCUCCCCACUGAGUCCCUGACCAGUGACCUGUUUGGUGAUGUAAAGGACAGUUGUGACCCUGUAAAGUCAGCACUGUCAGGAGAGGCAGAUGUGACAACCGAAGGAGGGCCAACUGAAGAUACCCAGAGGCCUAGUGAGGAGGAGAAAGAAGCUCUUUCUGAGGGAGAGGUAACCCAUGAGGAGCCUGGUGUCGUUUCUCGAGAGCCUGAUUCUUCAGGGGUUGAUAAAGCUGGACCACCUCCAGCUGCAGAGCCUAAGGGCAUGUUUGACAUCCCUAGUCUGGCUCCAUCUACAUUCGGCUUCAUGUCUGGAGCAUCUGAUGGUGCUUCAUCUCUCGGAUCCUUCUUCUCUUCAACGCCUUCAACCCCACCUGCUACAGCGAAGACACCACAAGACGGUGGCCUCUUCUCUGGUUUUAAAGGCCUCUCGUCUGGUAUAUUUCAGGAAGAGAAACCUGCUAGAAAGGAGGAGCCUCCUUCGGCUGCAUCCAUGUUUGGGAAGACACUGGGCUUCCCAUGGCAGAGUGGCCCUGAACCUCCCAAAGCAGAAUCCCCUCCUUCUGUGAUCACCACUCAGCCCAGAGCUCAGGGUGCUAGACCAGCUGAUGCUGACGACGGUUUCAGCGAUGCAGAGGCAGACUCGGACGCGACAGAAGGCGCAGAUCCCAGUGACACCGAUGAGCCAACCGACACAUCCGGUAAAACAGGAAGCAUGGACAAGAGCCCGGGGAGCAGCGAGACACUGACGAUGCAGUCAGGGAUACCUUCAGAGGCAGUGUCCCUGGCAAUGUCUCUGUCAGAGGGUUCAGAUAAACCUAAGUUACAUAUCACCCCUCCUGAUGUAGGAAAGGACACCCUGUCUGAACCCCCCUCCUCUACAGAGCCCAAUGCAGCCAAUGUACAGCCAAUGGACACGCUCCUGAUGAAGGACCCCACUAAAAGCCCGGUGGACAGCAGCCGUUUUGGGUCAUCAGGGAACCUCAGCCAGGCCAGCUCCCAGCUCAGCUCUGAACCAGAGGCUCCCCAGCCCACCAGCCCUCACCCCCCUCUCCACAGCCAACAGAAAGCCUCCUGGGAGGAAGAGGAGGAAGAGGAGAAGGGGCUGAGGGCUGUCCCAGAGCCAGGGUCCAACAAAGAUCUGAAGGAGUCCAUCGUCACACCGCCCAAACCCCUGGACAACCGUGGGACAGAGAAACAGAUCAGCUUCUGUGAGCAUGGGCCACCUCCCUGCUCUCCGGUCAGAGUACGUUGGCUGAAGGUCAUCAACAAAGUCAGAGUUCAGCUUCUCGAGCGUAGAUCUGUGAGAAUAGAGAGGACCUGUCCCUAG